AUGGUAACACCGAAUGAGACCAUUCAUACGCGUCUGGAGGACAUACCGAAUUAUUUAAUUGAUCCGAUCUCAACAUGGACGUUCGUGUUGGUUGUCUUGGAGUUUCUGAUACUCGACAAGAAGAAGUAUGCGUUUAACGAUCACGUCACGUCUACAAAUUCCGCGAUGAUUUAUAUCCUCUUGAAAAUCGGUGGUCGUGACAUAUCGGCUUGGAUCUAUCCGAUAGUGUACGAUCGAAUACAUAUCAUAGAUCUGCCUAACGAUUCGGCGUCAACAUGGAUACUGUGCUUUUUCACACAAGAUUUCAUGUUUUACGUCGCUCAUCGAGCUAUGCAUGAAGGUUAG